AUGGGACCACCUAAAAGUUCGGGAAAAAAUAUAGAAUCCGAAAAUGUAUUACAAGCUGUAGUUCUUGCGGAUAGUUUUAAUGAACGAUUUCGUCCUAUAACUUUAGAUAAGCCACGAGUAUCACGUUCGGUUGGUGAUGCAUUACGAGAAUUAGAUGCGAAACAAUUGAUUAGUUCUGAUUUCAUACUUAUUAGUGGUGAUGUGGUAUCAAAUAUACAUUUAGAAAAAAAUGCGGAAAGCGAACGACAAAAAUAUAAUCAUGACAAUGAAGCAAGUCCUCUUCAUAGAACAAGAGCAUUAGGAGAAUCGUCCAUUUUCGUACUUGACGUGAAAACCAAUGAAUGUGUUCAUUUUGAAUCAAUUGAAACGUAUCCACGUAAACGAAGAAUGGUAAUGGAUAUGGAAAUAUUUGAUAAACAUACUGAUAUUCAAAUACGUAAUGAUCUUAUCGAUUGUCAAAUUGAUAUUUGUUCGGUGGAGGUUCCAGCAUUAUUCACAGAGAAUUUUGAUUAUCAAGAUAUGAGAAAAGAUUUUGUGUAUGGUAUUUUAACAUCAGAUUUAUUAGGUAAAACUAUAUAUUGUCACGUAGUUAAAGAUGCGUAUGCAGCAAGAGUGAGAAGUCUACAAACAUAUGAUGCAAUUAGUAAAGAUAUUUUAUCACGUUGGACAUAUCCAAUUGUUCCAGAUAGUAAUUUACAAGAAGGUGAUAGUUAUGAAUAUAUGCGAGGUCAAAUAUAUAAAGAAAAAAAUGUUGAAUUAUCAAGAUCUUGUUCAUUGGGAGAAAAAGUUUUAAUUGGUGCGGGUACAAAAAUUGCUGAUCAUACAAAGAUAACAAAUUCAGUAAUUGGUCGAGGAGUUAAUAUAGGACCUAAUGUUGAAAUUAAUGAUGCAUAUAUUUGGGAUGAUGUGACAAUUAAUGCAAAUUGUUCAAUAUCACGAUCUAUAUUAGCGAAUAAAGUUAUCUUGGAAGAAAAUGUUAUUGUUAAUAAAGGUUGUUUAAUUGGCUAUGAUGUAAUUGGUAAAAUUGGAAAAGGAUAUUUAUGGAUUGAUGAAAUUUCUGAUGAUGAUGAUGAAGCAAUAAAUUUAAAAAAUGUUCAAGUUGCUUCAUUAGCAUACAAUGUAUCAAAUAUAUCACUAAGCGAAUCAUCAGCUUCAAUAAUAAGUGAUCAAUCAUCAUAUGAAGAAAGUGAUUCAGAUGAAUCAACAGCUCAAGAAAUAUUUCAAAAAGAAGUUGUUCAAACUUUGGAAAGAGCAUUUUCUGAUGGACAUACUGUAGAAAUUGCUCUAUUAGAAUUAAACACUUUAAGAUUAGCUUCAAAUACUAAUUUUCAUGAUUUACGGGUAGUUGUAAUACCUACACAUUAUACAGAAAAUCAAUCACAAUUAAAAGUUUUUGCUCAAAUUUGUCGAAUUUUAUAUGAAAUGGAUAUAAUUGAAGAAGAUGCAUUAAUUGAAUGGUAUUAUUCUACUUCAACUAUUUCUGCCGAGUCAUCUUCUACUACUACUACUAAAGAUGAUGCUAUUCAUAUGCAGUCGUUUGUUUUAUCCUGGAUAAAACAAACGACUUAA